UAUUGCGCGCCCCACCCCGCGUUUGUUCACUGUUGCGCCAACCGCCAAGACCACCCACAAAGCUUUAACUCAAGCCUUUUGUAUAAAGGUCUCUCCACACGAACAUUCCCACCGCCUGCAGACUACCACCAGUGCAAUACCUGACCUCUCACAACCUCUUCCCAUGCGUCCACAUUCUACGCACGAAAACGACACCGUGGAUAGCAUGGACAACAUAACCAACGAGCCCCCUUUGCAAGACCAGGUGGCCGAGGCCAUGGAUAUAGACUCCAAGGUGAUCGAGACUGAGGAGGACUCUAUUGAGCGGCUCGACAAAGUCAGCAAAGAACAGUGGCAGACGAAAUUGAGGAUUGCCAUCCCGCCGGUCAAGACCCUCGCUAUCGAGCAAUAUUACAAAGACCCCCACAUCUACGUACCAGAAAUCCCGGAAGAUCUGAAACUAGCCCGCUUCUUCGAUCUUUACAAUCAUAUCUCUCGUAGAAAUUUCAAGGCGAUCCCGAAGAAGUCCGAGACAGAGGACGAGAAGGAGGAUGCCUUCGACUUCCUGAUCAACCGUGCCAUCUUCUACUAUGGCGUCGAUAACAGGCACAGCUUUUCAAGCCAUAGCAGCCGCACUCGUUAUAAUAUCUUUCUUAUGGCGUUUGUAAUGGCAUACGACUUUGACCGUCAGUAUUGCGAACCAGAAUGCGAGUCAUUCGUAUACGCUUAUAUGGAGGCCUGGUUGGAGGGACUCGUUACUCACCCUGACCCUGGCAAACACUCCUUCCAGAAGCGCGAAGAGUUCCUUUCACUAUGGGCCAAUCCAGAGUCUGCAGAUCGUGACUUCGACCUCAUCACCUUCUCAGGGCCCAUGGCUAAGAAUAUGCAUCUGGUGAUAAAGGUGCUCUACAAGAAAAAGGAUGAGAUCCCGGCGUUUCCAGAAGAGUCGGACAUCAUCGACAAGUGCUUGAGGGGAGAAUUCACAAAGUCGGAGCUCAAAGCAUAUGCCCCCCGGGUCGCUUUACGGUAUCUGAUAACUCUCAUGAAAGAAGCAAAGGAUCAGUUACAAGAGAUCAAUCAGUACCACCAAGGGGUAUCCGCCAGCGCGAAAGACGAAAAAAUCAAUCUCGCGGAUGUACAGUGGCAAUCUGAGGUAAGAAAAAUAGCAUAUGCUCAGACACUCCUAGUAUGCGAUAUAACAUACAAUGAAGCGAUAGCUAACGACCAAUACAGGAGCUUGCAUCGCUUCGACAAACCGUAUCCCCGCCCACAAAGGAAGAGAUAA